CUUGACCUCAAUGUAAGCACUAGAGUCCGUUUCAGUAGGCUACAUCCACCAUGGCUCAGUAUCUUACACGACCUCGCCCGAAAUACCAGUCUCCCCGUAAUCGUGCCACAGAUAGACAGAAUCAGAAUCACUUAUCGCCUUCGUCGCAACAGUCGGACUGGAUUUUCCCUCGCCCAUCAUCUGCUCCAUCCAGUCCAACUUUGGCAACCGAACUUUCAGAAUCAGUUGCUCUAAGCUUGGGAUCGGAAUCACUAUCGAGUUCGGGGUUCGACGGUGUUAGCCAUAGCCCAUCACCAAACUAUACGCCUGAGAACAGGACGCCCACAGAGAACAUUCAGGGGCUGGGUAGCGAACCAGAUAACGACUCUGAUGAACUGGAAUGGGAAUGGGAUUGGUCGACGGAACUCGACAACGAGAGUGAUUUUCUUAUGUCGCCCCUCGAGGAUUCCGGUCGGUUUGACGACCGACAUCCACCAGCACUAAGGAACCCUCAUUUUCCGCGCUUGUCGCAUCGUCGACCGUCGGGAGAAAAUAAAACUCCAUAUACAUACAGCACAUCCAUGGAGAAGGCUUGUCGCGCCUUGGGCAACCGAACCAGCCAAUCCGAACAUUCAAUCGACACUCUCGUACUGCACCCUCGCACGUCUGACUACAAUGAGCAAUUACCUCUGCUAUCUCUAAUAGCAUCCAUCCUGUUCGUUGACAAGUCCACUGUUCAUCUCAUCACUGUCCCAGAUGCUCGCCCAAUUCUCUUCCCGGGUGUAUGCCUGUCUCCCGGAGCUCCAUCACUCGAUACCCGCGACUCGGAAUCAUUCGGGAUGCACGGAGCUAGUAAGCUUCUCAUGGAUCAUAGCGCUACACCUCUGCUGAAGGAAGAGUUCACGAUGCCUUAUCAAGAGGAACAUGUUGUCCAGGAUUCCGAGUUUUCGAUAGGCAAUGUCUUCUUGCCUGGUUUGUGGGACCUUGUCAGUGGGGUAUGGACUAGCGGAGAGAAGACUUGGUUAAAAAUUUGGAGACCAUACACCUCCUGAAGAUUUAGUCGUCGAAUCCGCUGGUCAUCGCUGUCGUUCUUGUUAUUGCUUUCGCUUUCCAAAUAAUCUGCUAUUCGACGUGUUCUCUGGAUAUUAUUAUCGGCUCUUUAUUUCAAUCAUGGCUCCUUCAAAAUGUUACUUUAGUAGAGAAUUUCUUGUACUCACAACUCAAGCACAAAUUUGUACUGUUAUAGCGCACUGCUCUGUUGUAAAGCACAACGCAAUUUUGGUUA